AUGUUUCAGCAGGAAAGUAUGGGGUUCCCCACAAGAGUGCACUCUCCUGUGGGAAUGCCCAGAAGGGCGCAUCCUGGAGCAGUCUUACUUUCCCCACAAUCUUCGGCCAUGAAUAAUACUCAUAGUGCUGGACCAGGUGAAAGCGGCAAUCCUCAUCACAUGCCUCUCAGCCCCCAACUUUCCUCUCAGCAUCUCUCUCUCAACGACCUGUUGGACCAGCAACAAACCAUGCUCGUCGAUUCACAACGCUCAGCAGCCGGACCUGCUGUCGUAUCACCAUUGUUGCAACCUAAUUCUUCUAUGUUCCUGGACUCAUUUACAAGGCCAACCAGCAGCAUGGGCCAUGUACCUGCUCCAGCUCCAACAAAUAUGGUUAACUUCACUCACGAUUUGAACCAAUUAUGUUCGUGGAUGUCGAUGCUAUCUUCAGCUCAACAAAAUUCAGUGAUGGAUAAUCUUUUGUCUUCGUUGAACGAGGAAGUUUUGCAGCAUACCAAACUGAAGUUGGAUAGUUUGAUCAGUUCCGGUUAUAUCUCACCAAGUGUGAGGUCUCCGCAAGUCAUAGCCCCAAUGCCUGAUAGGGGUCCAACACCGCAGCCCCUAACCUUAGACUCUUUGUUGAACAAUAACAUGGAUCAUCACGGUAUGAAUCGACAAUGGUCACCAAUCUCUCAAAACCAUUCUAAUAGUCAACCCAUCUACGAUUACAUCAAUGAUCUAACACACAGACCGCGUUCUGCAGACCCGCAGUUGAGAAAAAAGUUUAGCACCCCCGGAAAACAAGCUCAGAAAAAGUCUCCAUCGCAAUCUAAAGCGAUUCCACAAAAUGGCAUGAGCUCCCCUACCGGUUCAACGGGUUCUUCAGCUUCGUCUUCCAUGAAUCCUAAAACUUUAACGGACCCAAAACUUUUGAACAAUAUUCCAGCUUGGCUGAAGUCUUUGAGAUUGCACAAAUACUCAGAUGCUUUGAAUGGCAAGCCAUGGGUUGAGUUGAUUUACCUUGGUGAUGAUUCCUUAGAGGCAAUGGGUGUCUCGGCAUUGGGCGCUAGAAGAAAACUCUUGAAGGCCUUUUCAGUAGUGAGGGACCACAGGGAGCGCGGUUUAAUUGACACCAGUGCGUGUUGA